UUUUUCAUCUCAUACGAUUUAGUUGGUUGAAUGCCGCUAUCAGAUUAUUUUUAUUACAAUUUUUGUCGUCGAAUGCAUUCAAUCAACCGUUAGAAUUUUCAUUUAAAAAAAACAACAACAACAAAAUGCAUUUAAAUUUAAUUGUACAACAGUUAGUGUUUAGUAUAUUUUUAAUCAAUAUUGUUGAAUGCUUUGAACCAAUUACUAUGACAGCCCUCGGUACAGCGGUCGCAGGUGCUGGAUAUUGGCUGUUCGGUGAUGGUGGAACUAAGAGGAGAGAAAAAGUAGCCGACACCCUAAACUAUUGUAGUUAUUACGAAUGUUGUACACCAAAGCACAUUGUAUAUGAUAUAGAAGGAUUAAAAGCUGAUUUACAGAAAAAGUUAUUCGGACAACAUAUUGUGAAUGCCACAUUAAUUCCGGCGCUUCGUGCUCAUGUCAAAAAUUUACACAAAUCCGAAAAACCCUUGGUGAUGAGUUUUCAUGGAAAUAUCGGCACCGGAAAAAAUCAUGUUGCCGAUUUAAUCAUCAAGCAUUUCUACAAAGCAGGCGAAAAUAGUACAUACGUGUACAAGUAUCGGGCCCGAAAAGAUUUUCCAGUUGAAAGCGAAGUGGAUCAAUAUCGCGUCAAACUAAUGGAUGACAUCAGCAAAGCGAUUAAAAAAUGUGCACGUUCCAUAUUUGUGUUCGACGAAGUUGAAAAGAUACCGGCUGGUGUGUUUGAAUCGAUUGCAUCAAUUUUGGACUAUCACAGCCAUGUUAGUGGUAUGGAUUUUCGUCAAGCGAUCUUCAUUUUUCUCACAAAUGCUGGCGGCGAUGAAAUUGCCCAUGCUCUCGAUAAAAUCAUGGAAAAGGGAACAUUUCGUGAACAAACAAAAAUGAAUGAUUUUGAAUAUAUAGCUGAAAUUGCAGCGUAUAAUAUAAAAGGUGGCCUGAAGAAAUCUAGCAUCAUAACAUCAGGUCUAAUCGAUCAUUUUCUACCAUUUUUGCCAUUGGAACGACGACACAUUGAAAAUUGUGUUCGAGCUGAAUUUGAAAAAUUGAACCGAGAACCGGAAGAGGAUGAAAUAAGCCACAUCAUUGAAGAAUACGUAUCAUACCAAGGACUGUUCUCAAAAUACGGGUGCAAGAGACUUAAUAAAAAAAUUCAAGCGAUGACCGAAGAAUGGUGAUUCAUGAUAGCGAAUAGUGUUUACUUUUAUAGCCAUCUCUGUUCUUUUUUUAGGAAUUGUAAAUAAAUGUCGAUUGUAAUUUUAUUUCACACAUACUAUUGUCUCUAUAUUACUUGAGAAACGCAAGCAAAUUCAAUUGAUUAUUUGAAAAAUCCACAUCGAUACCACUGUUGGAAAUAAAUAUUGAUUUUAGAGUUA